AUGUUAUUCUUCGACUUCUUCCAAAGCCUUGUGGACAGCGGUGCGCAGGUCACCGUGGAGAUGAAAAAUGACGUCCAAAUCACGGGCACACUGCAGGCAGUGGAUCAGUAUUUCAAUGUUAAACUGAAGAACAUCUCUAUCAACAACCCGGAGCAAUAUCCGCAUCUCCUCUCCUUGCGUAAUUGCUUCAUACGAGGCAGCGUUGUGAGGUACAUCCAUCUACCUGACAUGUACACACAGGGUCUCACGGAUCAGUGCCGGAAAGAGUUAGCACAGAGUGGUGUCAACAGGAUUGAACCAGCUAAGUGA